AUGGAAGCAGCAACGCUUGGGACGUCUCUCCCAGUUCCCUGUGUUCAGGAGCUGGCAAAGGAGUCACUAACCACAGUCCCAACAAGAUAUUCGCGUGACCCUCCGAUCAUAAGCGACAUUGCUGCAGCUUCUUCACCCCAGAUUCCAGUUAUUGACAUGCAAAGAUUGAUUUCUGAACAAUUCAUGGAUCUAGAGCUGGAUAAGUUGGACCAUGCGUGCAAAGAAUGGGGUUUCUUCCAGUUGAUAAAUCAUGGAGUGAAUGAUUCAUUGGUUAACAAAGUGAAGGGGGAGAUUCCAGAGUUUUUCGACCUCCCAACGGAAGAGAAAAGGAAGUACUGGCAAACAGCAGGAGAAAUGGAGGGAUUUGGACAAGCUUUUGUUGUGUCUGAGGAGCAGAAGCUUGAUUGGGGAGACAUAUUCUACAUGGUCACUCUUCCAACUCAUGAGAGGAAACCUCAUUUAUUCCCCAAGCUUCCUCAACCACUCAGAGAUACUUUGGAAGCAUACUCAGCAGAACUGAAAAUUCUUGCCUUAAAGAUUCUCUAUCUCAUGGCUAAAGCUCUAGGAAUGAAACCUGAUGAUAUAAAAGACUUGUUCGAAGAUGGGUGUCAGAUGAUGAGGAUGAACUAUUAUCCACCAUGCCCACAACCAGAGCUUGUCAUUGGCCUUAACUCUCACACUGAUGCCACUGGCCUCACCAUCCUCCUCCAAAUGAGUGAGGUGGAAGGGUUACAGAUAAGGAAAUCGGGGAAGUGGAUUCCGGUUAAACCACUACCAGAUUCGUUUGUGGUCAACAUUGGAGACAUGUCGGAGGUAAUAAUUUAUGCUUAG